AUGCUCUCUACGGCUUUUUACCGGAUUGCUGGGAGGCAGAGAAAAACGAGUCUUUUUUACGACACGUCCAAGUACUUGUACGCAUACAUUGAAGUACUUUUCUUUGAAGCCACGAAGGUCCAGUUCGUGCCACAGGCCAAUCGCAUCCUGCUGGCCGUGUGGCUGAUCGCCUGCCUCAUACUCAUUAACCUGUUUAACGGGGAGGUGAAGGCCAACCUCCUGGUCAAGUCGGACACAGAGCGCAUCAACACGGUCGAAGACGUCCUCCGAAACCCCAAGUUACUGCCUCUCAUCAUGAAGAACUCGCCGCUCACCACGGCGCUUCAGAUUUCGAGCUCAGAGUCCGUGCGGAGGCUGUGGGAACGUAUGGAUGCAAUGGGUGGCGCCAUUCCGGUCCGGGAGGUCUUCACCGCCAAGUCGCUGCAGAUGGUGCAGCAGCGCAAAGCCGUCAUAGCCACAGACAUGAUAGCAGGACGCGUCCAGUCGUCCCUGUUCUGCCCGGUUCUGGACGGCUUCUUCCACGUGGGGACACAAUCCAUCACCAACCUGCGCUCCGUCUGGUACUACCGGAAGCGGAUAGACCCCGACCUCGUGAAGGCGAUAAACAAAAGGAUCUUGUGGCUCUCCGAGUCCGCCGUGCCGUUCAUGCGAGACCAAGACCUCUACCCUAAGGGAUCCACCUGCUUCCUUGACACGUCCAAGCAAGACCGGAGCGACGCCUUCCAGCCACUCACCGUGCAAGACAUGCGCGCUGUCUUUGUGCUCUGUGGCUAUUUGAUCGCCAUGGCCUGCGUUUUUCUCCUCAUUGAGCUCAUCGUUCACGGGAUGUCACACUGCGCUGGCAGCCUCGCGUGAGGAAGCCGUUUCUGCAGGCUGGAACACAUCUGCAAAACGCCAGCCUAAUAUAUAGCACGAAAUUGAAAGGAAAUCUCCCAGCUUUGUGUUUUGAAAACGUAUCACGCGUGCGUACACCUCCUUCUGUAGUCGAAAUUAUGAACUUAUCAGACCAUAUCUUAUUUUUAAUUAUAUUCUUGGAAUAGCCACCAUGGUUUUUCUUUUGGUUUGCAAGAACACAUAUUUAUAAGAAGU